GAGGAAUGGACAAGCUCGGUCACCGGCAGCCAUGCUGUUUGUAGUCGGCUUGGACGGCAACUCCCGGCAUCCCUCGCGGCGGCGGCGGUUCUCGGCACACAACAAAUCCCGGCGUGCCCUUGGGCGGCCCGGGGUGGAGGGUUCUAGAAGGCGUGACGUGGGGUCCGAGCGGGAGCGGAGGCGGGCGCCUCUUGGCAGUCACUGUGGCGGCCGCGGCCGGGCCUGGGGGCGCGGACGGUCGUGGUCGCGGUCGUAGCCUGCUCGCCUCGCCGGCCAUGGCCGCGCUCGGCCGGCCCUUCGGCGGCCUGUCCCUGGGUGGCAGCGCCGACUUCCUACAGCCGUCUCCGGCCUUCCCGGGCCGGACCUUCCUGUCGGGAGCUCACAGUCCGCAGCUGGCCCCGCGGCCGGGACACCGCGCCGCCCCGAGCAGCCCGGGCGGGAGCACGGCGCGCGGACGCAUUUCCCUUCACUGUAAAAAGAAACACAAGCGAGAAGAGGAGGAUGAAGAUUCUCCAGUAAGAAAGAAAAGACUGACUGAAGCAGAACUCUGUACUGGUCCUAAUGACUGGAUUCUUUGUACACAUCAGGAUGUAGAAGGUCGCAGAGUAAAUCCAUGUGCUAGUGGGCUUUCUGUACCUGGCAUGUUAGAUGCUAUUUGUGAAGAGAUGGAUCAGACAACUGGAGAACCACAGUGUGAAGUUGCCCGGAGGAGGCUACAGGAGAUUGAGGACAGGAUAAUUGAUGAAGAUGAAGAAGUUGAAGCUGACAGAAACGUUAACCAUCUCCCCAGCCUUGUCCUUUCUGAUACCAUGAAAACAGGUUUAAAACAGGAAUUUGAUGAAGUCUUUACAAAGAAGAUGAUUGAAUCUAUGAGCCGUCCUUCUAUGGAGCUUGUGCUCUGGAAACCUCUCCCUGAACUCCUUUCUGAUAAGCCAAAGUCGUCAUCUAAUGCUAAAAACUUCAUGGGAGAAAGCCAAACUAAGCAUGCAACUGCUGGCACUGCCUUCCCACAGAGAACUGAACUGUACUUGGAACCUCCACAAACAGGGAUACCUCUCUACAGUAGUUUGGAGGCAUCUGCUAACACAGAAGAAGAAAUGGAACUCUAAAAUCAGUUUCUAUACUAAAUUUGUCAAA